AUGCUCUGAUGAGAAUCUAAUAGAAAAUCGUCUUUUGCCGUCCCUCCUCUCUCUCUCCUCUCUCGAAGAAAUCAGCUGCUUUCUUGCUGAGUUUUCUCAAGCUCGAAGCUUCGCAGAGCUCUUUCGUGAUUCAGGAUUUGUUGUUCAUAAUAGAUGCGUCGUUCUGCAUCGAAGAAAUCGAGUCAACCUACUUCCGUCAAUUCGAUCACUUCUUCAGCCACGGAUCUUUUUCGUUCCGCUUCGAGUAAGGCCUCAUCCAAGGAGAUGGAACGUAUAGAUAACUUGUUUUACCAAUAUGCCAAUAGGUCUUCCAAUAUGAUUGAUCCAGAAGGAGUCGAAGAACUAUGCUCUGAUUUGGAAGUAUCUCAUACCGAUAUCAGGAUCUUGAUGCUUGCUUGGAAAAUGAAAGCUGAGAAACAGGGAUACUUUACACUGGAGGAAUGGAGAAGAGGCCUGAAAGCAUUACGGGCUGAUACACUUAGUAAAAUGAAGAAAGCCCUUCCAGAACUCGAGAAAGAGGUUAGGAGGCCAUCAAAUUUUGCGGAUUUCUAUGCCUAUGCCUUCCGGUAUUGCUUGACAGAGGAAAAACAAAAGAGCAUAGACAUAGAGACUAUCUGCCAACUCCUCGAUAUCGUAUUGGGAUCCACGUUCCGUGCGCAAGUUGACUACUUUGUCGAGUAUCUUAAGAUCCAAAACGAUUACAAAGUCAUAAACAUGGACCAGUGGAUGGGCUUUUACCGGUUCUGCAAUGAGAUAAGUUUCCCAGACAUGACCAACUACAAUCCCGAGCUUGCAUGGCCACUGAUUCUUGACAACUUUGUCGAAUGGAUGCGUGAAAAGCAAGCCUGAAUGCCGUCAUCUUUGCCAGGCUGCUCAAGUUUCAGCUUCAAAGCUUCCAUUUUUCACUUGAGUAGGGUUGAAUGGACAGAUUAAACAUCCUGGAACAGAUUUCAAGUACAUCUUCAUCUCAGUUCCACCUUUAAAACAUUGAAAAUCUUCAUCAAACAACCUCAUUUCUUGGAAAACAAAAAGAUGAUAGAUCGAACAUAUUAUAUUGUUAUUGUUGCAUGCAUUGCUAUAGAUCUCAGAGCACUGGGACAUGUUCUACUGGUUGUGCCAGACAACAGUACGGCCAUAAAGGCAUAUAUCUUUCUUUAUUAUUAUUUUUACGUUGCUUGUUUGCUAAA